AUGAUCACAGUUAACAUUCCGUCGGCGACAGAGCAGGAAGGACACUAUUUUUACAACAUUGAGGUUUCAAUAGGCGACAAAGGCAGUGCAGAGGUGUAUCGCGUGAGUCGAAGAUAUAGCGACUUUGAGCAUUUACGGCAAGCACUUGAAGUACAGACGAAAAGAGCCGUUCCAUACAGCUUGCCAUCUAAACUAGCAAGCCUAGUUAAGACUAGUGGAGCAAUUGUGAGCGAGCGAAGGCAGGGGUUGGCACUUUUCGUUGAUAGACUGUUGAACGAUCCGCAGUACCGGAGGAGUUCGACCGUUUUGGCGUUUUUCAAUCUUCCUCAAGGUGUUUUUUUGGAGCUGGAUUACGAUGACAUGGAAAAGAGAAGAAAUAGCGUUGGGGAGAUCGAGAGCCCAACACAGUGGCUUCAAGUGUUGCGAGAUGUGAAUGUACAGUUGGAGCAUGUUCGCCAGGAUGUGAGUGAAGGUGAAAGUGUGCUUAAGAGCAAGCUGAAGUUGAAGAGAUGCCGUGCGAAGCUUGAAACUCUUGGCAAGUACAAUCUAGGAAGUUCUAGCGGUCUGGGGGCCGGAGAAAUGGCAAAAAGAAGAAAAUUGUUGCAGUCUGCCCUGCGGUGUUGCGAGGAAUUGGACAGGUUAGUUUCCGAUUCGUCAUUUUUGGCAGGUGCAAGCAGUUUUGCAAGCAGUUCGACUGCAGACGAGAAGCUUGAUGCUUCAAAACGCCAGUUGUGGGGUUCGAACCGCGGCCGGGUGAUUGGCAAGGCCAGAGAAACGGAUGUAACACGAGGAUUGAACAACCAGGAAUUGCUACAAACGCAGGAACAGCUCAUGCAGAGGCAGGAUGAGCGACUCGAGCAUAUUCGGGAGAUACUACAGCGGCAAAAGCAGCUUGGAGUGGCGAUAAACGAGGAGUUGGAUGUUCAGGAUGAGAUACUUAAGGAUUUCAACCAGCAGGUGGAUCGGAGUGCUGCAAAAAUGCAUCAUGCGAAGAAACGGCUUGGAAAUAUACUGUAG